AUGUCCUCCAGCGAUGGGGAGCGCGGAGUGUCUCUCGGAGCCUGCGCCGCGUGCGUGGCGGCGAUCCUGGUGUUCCAGUACCUCGUGUCUGCUCGGCCACUAGACGCGGCGCAGAAUGGAGUCAAGCACCGCGGAGACCUGCACGUGCAGCGCAAGCUGCAGCAUGUGGGGACGGGGGCCAUGAUCUACGCGGCUUCGAGCUUCUUCGGUCGACUGGCGGGCGCCACGGUGCUGCUCUUCUUCGCCGUGCUGUUCUACGGGCUGCACGAGUUGAGGGGGCGCAGUGAGGCGGUGAAUACGCUGUACAUCAAGCGUUUUCGCUCUAUCAUGCGGCAGUACGAGGUGUCCAGGGCGGCGCUGCCUGGGGCCUACUACUUCUUACUGGGCUCGGGCUUCUCGCUCGCUCUGUUUCCCCCUCGAGUCGCAAGACUCGCGAUUCUUCACCUGUCGGUGGGGGAUCCUGCGGCUGCGUUCUUCGGGACGCUGUACGGCCGACACAAGCUGGUGGCGUUGCUAGGGACGCUCGGAGGCAAGAAGUCGCUGGAGGGAUCCAUUGGCUGCUUCUGCGUCACUGCUGCAGCCACAUCUACAGCGUUGAUGGUGGAGAGGGACUUCUACUUCGACGUGGUGGACGAUGAGUUUGGAGCUGUGGCAGGAACGAUCACUCUGGCGGCAGGAGUGAGUGCUGCCGCUGCCGAGCUGCUGGACAUCGGCGGGUGGGACGACAACUUGACCCUGCCAUUGCUCUCAGGUGUCUUCUUGCAGCUCACAGUCGGUGGCUUGCUCUGA